CGCACUCGUAGGCGCGUCGUGUGUAGCCGUCGUGUGAGUCGUGUGACACGCAACACACAACUCGCAGCACUCCCUGACGCUUCACUGCCUGCAGUCCUAUCUGAUCGUGUUCAUAGUAAAUGAAUACUAACACCGAAAAAUACUACCAUCUUGGGCAUCUCUUCAAAGAAUGUAUGCUCAAAGAUCUAGAUGCGAUAUGUCAGAUAGACGCAUUUACGGGUGCGCAGGAGUGCCGGCGGUCGGUGUUGUGUCGCGCGACGGCGCUGGCGAGCGCGCUGCGCGCCGCGGGGCUGCGGCCCAGGGACCCGCUCGCGCUGGCCGGCCCCAACCACCUCCAUCUGCACAUACCCUACUACGCGGCGCUCCUCAACGGCUACCCCAUAUGUGGGGUCGACCCUUUUUAUAAAUAUGACAAGAUCAAGCUGCUGUUCUCACAGCUGGAGCCGAGGAUCGCGUUCUGCGAGGAGUCGUCGCGGCGCGACUUCAAGCGCGCGGCCGCCGAGCUCGGGCUGCGCACCAGGGUCCUCACCUUCGACGCAGGCGAGGACUGCAUGGCCGACCUCAUACGGCAACAUCCCACCACCGAAUCUGAUAUCAAUGAAUUUAAGGUAGCGGAGUUCGACACGGAUAGGCACUACGCGUGGCUGGUCAGCACCAGCGGCUCCACGGGCGCGCCCAAACUCGUCGCCAUGAAGCAUGGAAACAUCAUCUCUAUGAUCAGAAUAUUCCAAGCUAUGAAAUGUACCAAAAGUAUCAAGCAUGCCCUCCACUUGAACACCGUGCAGUGGGUGUCGAGCUUCUUCAACGCGGUGGGGGUGCCCGCGCUCGGCCAGGUCAAGGUGCAGACCUCGUCGCCGCUGCCGCUCGCCACGCAACACGUCGUCGACAUCAUCAACAAGUACAGGGUAUUAUACUUCUUCAACGCGGUGGGGGUGCCCGCGCUCGGCCAGGUCAAGGUGCAGACCUCGGCGCCGCUGCCGCUCGCCACGCAACACGUCGUCGACAUCAUCAACAAGUACAGGCCAGAGGUGAUGAUGGGCGCGCCGUCGCUGCUGCGGCGCGUGCUGCGGAACGAGCGGCCGUGCGACCUGACCUGCUUCAGCACCGUCCUCCUGUCCGGGGCCCCUGUCGACACACACCUCCUCCUGCAGCUUAGGGCAGCUCUCCGUCCUGGCGCGGUGGCGAUGGAGGCGUACGGGCAGACGGAGAACCUGGUGCCCCCGCUGCAGCCCCUCCCCGCCGCCCCCCUCGGCAGCUGCGGCGUCGAGUACCCCCUCGUCAGAGUGAAGGUAGUCAGCCACAACAACCGUCAGAACCUGAACCUGGUGCCCCCGCUGCAGCCCCUCCCCGCCGCCCCCCUCGGCAGCUGCGGCGUCGAGUACCCCCUCGUCAGAGUGAAGGUAGUCAGCCACAACAACCGUCAGAACCUGGUGCCCCCGCUACAGCCCCUCCCCGCCGCCCCCCUCGGCAGCUGCGGCGUCGAGUACCCCCUCGUCAGAGUGAAGGUAGUCAGCCACAACAACCGUCAGCGCUCAGCCUGGCUAGCGCACAACGGACCGCCUCCUGCUCCACCAGUCGAGCCGUGCGCUCGCAGUGUGCGUGAGUCAUCCUUAACACAACCAAACGUCCCGGGAGAGCUCUGGACCCAAGGAGUCGGGUUUACAGAGUACUACAGGAGGCCGGAGCAGACGGCGGCGGCGCUGACGCCGGACGGCUGGUUCCGGACCGGUGACCUGCUGCGGAAAGACGAACAUGGAUUCUACUAUUUUGUGGAAAGGAUCAACAUACUCAUUACAUGUGGACUUCAGCGUAUUUUCCCUUCGGAGGUAGAAGCAGUGAUACUGAGCCACGAGGGCGUGCAGGAAGUGUGCGUGACCAGCGUGCCGCACCCGGUCGACCACGAGUGGCCGGUGGCUGUGGUCGUGCGCAAGCCCGGGGCGGCCGUCAGCGCCCAGGAGAUCAAGGACCUCGUCGCAAGUGAAGUAUCGGUGCAGCUGCUUGGCGGCGUGUUGUUCGUGGCGGAGCUGCCGGCGACGUCGACCGGCAAGCUCGCGCGCGCCGACGUCACCCAGCUGGCCCGCCACGCACACACACACGCACAGCUCCAGUGACCGAGAGGUUGAUGCUGGAUGGAAUUACAGAAUACUCCUCUAUUUACCAACAGACAAGAAAAAAAUUAUAAACUUUAACAAGGUUGUGUAUUAUUUUCACACACGACACAAAACCUCCUUAUUUUUGGAAAUGGUUUGAAAUCGUAGCCCUUCGCUGACGCCUAUAUCACCCGGGCUAUAAACAACAAGGUCCAAAAAUAACACAAUUCAACAAUAAACCACCACUAAUUGAUAUUGAUAUACUUUGUAUAAUUCAACCAGACGAUACCAGAACCAGGCGAACCAACGAUUCAACGGAGCCACGCCGUUUUGUCGCCUAAAUAGUGUUUAGUUUUUUUAAGUUUAUAUAAAAGCCAUAUAUAUUGACGACCAGUCUGGCCUAGUGGGUAGUGACCCUGCCUACGAAGCCGAUGGUCCCGGGUUCGAAUCCCGGUAAGGGCAUUUAUUUGUAUGAUGAUACAGAUAUUUGUUCCUGAGUCAUGGUUGUUUUCUAUGUAUUUAAGUAUUUAUACAGGGUGGAAAGGCACGACGAUCCUUUCCGGAAAUGGGAGAUAGUUUAGCCUAAGCUCUAUAUUUUCUCCAUAGAAACUAUGUUAAUAUGGGCAACCGUUUCUAAAUUAUGACCUUUUAAACAUCCACGCAAAAAACUACUUUGUUCUAACCCUAACAGGUGACAGGGUCAAUGAACUUACUUGUAAACAAUCAGUAUUCGACAGGAAAUUAUGCUAAUUUGUUGCCAUCUAACCAUUUUUAGGUCUGCUUACAGCACGGUAAGAAUCAUUGCAGGAUUUUCGCUUUCUUAGUGGUUCCACUUGUUCAAUACUUGAAUGAAAUAGUUAUGUUAUUCCUUAAUAUUAAUAAUACUAACCACAACAUUGUUUACAACGACAGUUCAAAUGGUGACAUUGACAACCACUCAAAAGUACGCAAUCGUCUUAUAAAUAUCUCUGGUUUCCUUGACUGAUAAAAAGGUUUUAGUUUCUUAACACGUUUCACAAAAUUAUUUUCGAAUAAUUGGAAACUAUCUAAAAUAAUUAAAAAUAACAAGUAGGUUGUGUUAGUUGCACCAAAUGAACUUGCAAAAAUUAAAUACUAAGAAUAAAUCAAGAAUAAAUACUUCUUAAAUACCUAACUAACAAACCUUCUUGCGUGGUAGGAAAUAGACAGACCGUCUGAUGUUUGAAAUUAAAUUUUCAUUGAACUAUACUUAUUGAAUGUCAUAUUCUUCAAAUAAAAAUGUUAGAUGCUCGUGGCUAUUUAAAUUUGUGGGGCUGUGUAAAAGAUAUGGUGUACCAAACCAAACGGAAUGUGAAACUGCGGACGAAAUGAGACAAAGGCUAAUUGGUGCUUUCUGCGGAGGAUAAAUGACGAAGAGCAUACACUAUAUCGCAUGUGCAUCGACAUACUCGGGUACGGGCUGCGGCGGCGUUGUAAUACACGGAGGUACAUUUGAACACCGUAUGUGAAAAGAAGAUAGUAUUAAAUAUUGGAAAAAAGUAAUUAUCUAAGAAAGUAAUAAAAUUGUUUGUAAUAUUUUUGCAUGCAUUUGAUUUAUUUGACAUUUAUGCGUCAUUCAUACAUCAUUGCGAUACUGUCAACGAUCGGAAAAAAGUGUAAAGUCCCGAGCUUUCCCGACGGAGAUCCUUAAUCUAGCCGUCAUGUGCACAUGCUAUAGGGUUAUCACCACAGUUAAAAAGUAGUAUUUUUGCAAUUUUUAUUUUUUACUCAAUUAACGAUUCUUACCAUUACCAAUAGUCUCUGUAUCACUUAAACGACCUAAUACUUCCGGGAAGGAUCGUCGUGCCUUUCCACCCUGUAUAUUCUAUAUAUCGUUGUCUGAGUACCCACAACACAAGCCUUCUUGAGCUUACCGUGGGGCUUAGUCGAUUUGUGUAAAAAAUGUCCUAUAAUAUUUAUUUAUUUAUUUAUAAAAAAAAAAAAAAAA